CGAGGCGCUGGUCGGAGAGCGCCGCUCCCUGAUUGGUCAGCGCCGCUUUCGGCGGGUCUCACGCUGCCUGCUGCGGCCAAUCGGGCUCUCCGCAGUCUAGAGAGCGGCCUCGCUGGAGUGGCGGUGCGGCUCUUCACUCGGGUAAACAUCCACCUUGAAGAACAAAGAACAUCAGGAGCUAAGGGUCAGUUUAAACCUGCUUGGACAAUGAAGAUGCAAACUCCAGAUUGGUGGUUUAUAUAUUCUUCAUGCAAGAGUAGUGUACUAAAGGAGAGAAGUAAUUAACUCUGAGCGUUUUCUGGUUGUCAGAACUGUGCUGACCAGUGACUGGAAGCUGCACCAUUGGAAGAGAUUUGCAGAAGACACAAACUUUCUGAGCAUUCCAUAUUGGAAGAAGAGAUCUUUAGACAUGAAAAAAAUGCCUUUGUUUAGUAAAUCACACAAAAAUCCAGCAGAAAUUGUGAAAAUCCUGAAAGACAACCUGGCCAUUUUGGAAAAGCAAGACAAAAAGACAGACAAGGCUUCAGAAGAAGUGUCGAAGUCUCUGCAAGCAAUGAAGGAGAUUCUGUGUGGUACAAAUGACAAGGAACCCCCUACAGAGGCAGUGGCCCAGCUGGCACAGGAGCUCUACAGCAGUGGACUGCUGGUGACACUGAUAGCUGACCUGCAGCUGAUAGACUUUGAGGGAAAAAAAGAUGUGACCCAGAUAUUCAACAACAUCCUGAGAAGACAGAUUGGUGCACGGAGCCCUACUGUGGAGUACAUCAGUUCUCACCCUCACAUCCUGUCCAUGCUCCUCAAAGGAUAUGAAGCCCCACAGAUUGCCCUACGCUGUGGGAUUAUGCUAAGAGAAUGUAUUCGACACGAACCACUUGCCAAAAUCGUCCUCUUUUCUAGUCAGUUCAGAGACUUCUUCAAGUAUGUGGAGCUGUCGACAUUUGAUAUCGCUUCAGAUGCCUUUGCUACUUUUAAGGAUUUGUUAACCAGACACAAAGUGUUGGUAGCGGACUUCUUAGAGCAAAAUUAUGACACUGUCUUUGAAGAGUAUGAGAAACUGCUGCAGUCGGAGAAUUACGUGACUAAGAGACAAUCUUUAAAGCUGCUAGGCGAGCUAAUCCUGGACCGCCACAAUUUUGCCAUUAUGACCAAGUACAUCAGCAAGCCAGAGAACCUGAAACUGAUGAUGAACCUACUUCGAGACAAAAGUCCUAACAUCCAGUUUGAAGCCUUCCAUGUCUUUAAGGUGUUCGUGGCCAGCCCUCACAAAACGCAGCCUAUUGUGGAGAUUCUGUUAAAAAAUCAGCCCAAACUCAUUGAGUUUCUGAGCAGCUUCCAGAAAGAAAGGACAGAUGACGAGCAGUUUGCUGACGAGAAGAACUACCUGAUUAAACAGAUUCGAGACUUGAAGAAAGCAGCCCCGUGAAGGUGGCCCCUGCCCUGACGGCUGUUUGUCUCCCUUGCCCUGUGUGUACAAUGCUGUUUCAACAGUUUCUACUCUUGGGGAGGCUUUGGAGGUGCCUGUUUCCUCAGCUGAUUGUUCAGGGUAGAUGGAAUAUAAACAUUUGAAUGGAAAAAAAAUCAGUCUAGACUAAUAUAUUCAUUGUAAUCAAAUCUCUGAUUGCUUAUAUGGAAUCAGCCAUUAUAUUAAACAUUGAUCAAAGCAAGUGUAA